AUUUAGUGCUAUAUCUGAUUUGACACCUUUCUGAGCACUGUAUUGUGAGGCACUGUUUUUCUUAUUAUCUUUAAUAAUAAAAAUUAUACAUUUUAGCUUAAUGUGUUUAUCUGUGGCCUCAUUGGUAGAUUUCAGUUGAGUUAUUAUUUUGUAAAAUUGUCUCCAAGGGCAUGUAUAUUAUUGGCUGAAGGACCAUAUAUCUCCUUUUUCUGGGUUUCGGAUAAUUCAGUGGCCAGAUCAGUACAGAGUGCCAUGUUAUCUGCAGUUACUGUUUUGCAAGAUAGUAUACAGAAAUCUAUUUCUCUGGCACUGGCCCACCCCUCCACCUCUAAUCCCAAAACACCUGGUGAUCUUUAUUUCACACCAGAAACUUCAGUGGCGGAUUUAGCUAAAGGGUUUAAUGUCCCCAAAAAGGCUACUUCCAAAAAACGACACACACAUGACGGCACUGCUCCCCCUCCUAAAAAACAAUGUAAAGGAGGUCGCCAAGAUAAAUUAAAAGACAGACCUAUCAUAGGUCACGAUAAAUGUGCUUCAAAGCCGCACACGUUACCCUCUGCCCAAGAGGAAGUAUCUGUAAGUAGGGCUCAUAAGACCGCUAAAAGAAAUAAACCAAAUUCUUUUACAGAACCGAAUUCUGAUGAUUCUUCAGAUUCUCAGGCUGAGGAAAUUGUUGACUCUUUUGACUACCUGUCACAAGAAAGCGGUGAAAUAAAUGAUGACCCUGAUUAUCAGGAGGAUGACCCUUUGGAGGAAUCAGAUCUUUCCUCCUUUGACCCAGCCCUCAUACAACACCCCAGAUCUGGGGAAUGGCUACCUAACCCCAUAGUUGCUAAGUUCCUCUCUAUUAGAGUUAACAAGGGCAUGGAUAAGGUCACUCGCAGUAAACUGAAGGCAGAGUGUCCUCGCCCUACACUCCCCCAUUUAUCUUCAAUAACUCCAGAACUGGAUCCAGUUCUGAAUAAAUUUUUGAUGAAAACAGGGAAAAAUCCUAAAAAAGGUAUAGAUAGGAGUUUUAAGUCCUGUCAGGACAAACUCCUGGAUAUUCUCGGUCCCUUAUCAAAGAUUUUAGACAUGGUAGAAGAAUUUUCUAUCUCCAACAAACCAGUUGAAGUGGAAGUUCUAAAAGGUUGGGCACAACGUGCUGUAUGUUUUUUGGGCAACGCAAAUGCGGCCCUUUCCACUGAGCGUAAACGCUCUGUUCUAAUGAGAAUCGACCCCCAAUUAACGAACUUAGCAUCCAAUGAACCUACUCACCCCACAGAGGGGAUGCUCUUUGGGGAAGAUUUUAUUAAUCAAAUGGGCAAAUACGUUGGAAUCUUUUCGUCCAUCAACAAAGCUCAAUCAUCGUUGAAAAAAGUUUUUUCCAAUAGGGUUUUUGGUAGGGCCGGGAAAGGAAGGAGCCGCUCUUCCGGCCGCUAUCUCCCCACUAGACAACAGUCAAGAGGCUCCUUUCAACAUCAGUACCAACCUUACCAGCCAUCAUAUACUACCCAUCCAGCCAAUCCCACACCGUUCUUCCCCUACCGGGCAAGACCCUGGCGCCCAAGAGGACAACGUAGAAUACAGCGUGCUAAACCAACUACAGAUGAACAGUCUAUUCAAAGUUAGGAUCGUGGUAAGACAGCUGGAACCUGAAGAGUAUCUCCAAUAAGUUCGGUAUCCGCAGGAAGGUGUGAAUUUAGAAGAAACCAUGGACUCGGACCCGACCGCUGCCCCUCACCUAAUGGGCAGAUCUCAGCUCAAUGCUGCUACUUCUGCGGGCAACAAUGAAGAUAACCAAAGAGCAGGACCCUCCAGUCCCGCGUCUCCCAGGGUAUUUGAAGCUGUGCCAGAAACCAUGAAUGAGGAUGAGGAAGAGGCUCUUCAGGAACUGCUGGAGAGAGCUAGAGCUGGAGAAGCAAAGGCCCAGAGCGAGGUAGGAAAGUACUACUUGAAACUGGCUGAAGAGCAGCACGAAGAAGUGAAUAGCUGUGCUGCAGUAGACUGGCUUCUCCAAGCCGCCAAGCAUGGUCGAAGGGACGCGGUGAAGCUUCUGCGGAGAUGUUUGGCAGACAGAAGAGGGAUCACCAAUGAAAAUGAGAGUGAGGUGAAAAAACUCUCCUCUGAGACUGAUCUAGAGAGAGCUGUAAGGAAGGCGGCCCUGGUCAUGUACUGGAGGCUGAACCCCAAGAAGAAGAAACAGCUUUCUGUGUCUGAGCUGCUGGAGAAUGUCAGUCAGGUUAAUGCAGAAGAAGGGGAACAACAGCCUCCUGGGCCCAUCCCAAAAGCUGCCCAGAAGGAGCGACGGGUGCUGGAACGCUUGGUUAGCAGUGAAUCUAAAAGCUUCAUUGCCUUGGAUGAUUUUGUGGAAAUUACAAAAAAAUAUGCCAAGGGCAUCGUGCCAUCUAACUUGUUUCUCCAUGACGACGAUGAUGAUGAGUUUGCAGGAAAGGCCCCUGAGGAACUGCCUCUUCAACAAAAGAUUGUGAAGUAUCCACUACAUGUCAUCAUGGAGCUUAAAGAAUACCUUAUAGAAAUGGGCUCCAAGGCUGGGAUGCACUGGCUAUCCACCAUUAUGCCUACACAUCACAUUAAUGCCCUAAUUUUUUUCUUCAUCAUCAGUAACCUCACCAUAGACUUUUUUGCUUUCUUCAUCCCUCUAGUCAUCUUCUACUUGUCCUUUAUUUCUAUGGUUAUCUGCACGCUCAAAGUUUUCCAGGACAGCAAAGCUUGGGAGAACUUCCGUACUCUUACAGAUCUGCUACUUCGCUUCGAGCCAAACUUGGACGUUGAGCAAGCUGAAGUGAACUUUGGUUGGAAUCACCUUGAACCCUAUUUAUAUUUCUUGAUAUCAGUAUUUUUUGUUAUUUUCUCAUUUCCCAUAUCAGACAGGCAAUGGAUUCCCUGCUCAGAGCUGGCAAUCGUAUCCAUUUUUUUUACGAUUACUAGCUAUUUGAGUCUGAGCACAAGUGCCGAACCUUACACUCGAAGAGCCUUACUAACCGAAAUUGCGGCUGGAGCACUCACCUUUGUCGAUGUGUUGCCGGAUUCUGUGCCCUAUAUCCACUUACUUAGCAAAACCUUCUUCACCGUACCAGUGGGGCAUUUUAUUGUAUUUCACUUAAGUAUCCCUUGCCUAUUUUUUAUCUACUUAUUUUACCUCUUCUUUAGAAUGGCGCAGUUAAGGAAUUUUAAGGGUGUCUAUUGUUACCUUGUUCCAUACCUGGUUUGCUUCAUGUGGUGGGAGCUUUCAGUUGUGAUUCUUCGGGAAUCUACCACUAUCGGCCUUAUUCGUGCAUCCAUUGGCUACUUUUUAUUUCUUUUUGCACUUCCCAUUCUCCUAGUGGGCAUUGCCAUCAUGUGCAUUGUUCAUUUUAUGAAGUGGUUUUUCACCUUAGAAUUUACCAAAAUUGUGGUCACCCUUGUUUUGUGCACCAUUCCAGUAGGUCUUCGUUGGUGGUCCAAAGCUAACUAUUCAGUAGUGGAAAUGUUUAAAUCUCUUACGAAAAGCUCCAUUGUGAAGUUAAUAUUAGUAUGGAUCACAGCUAUCGUCAUGUUUUGUUGGGUAUAUGUCUACCGUUCUGAUGGGAUGAAAGUGUACAACUCCACAUUGACCUGGCAACAGUAUAGCUUCUUGUGUGGUCCUAGGGCAUGGAAAGAAACUAACAUGGCAAGGACCCAGAUUUUAUGCAGCCAUUUGGAAGGUCACAGGGUGACAUGGACUGGGAGAUUCAAGUAUGUCCGUGUCACAGAUAUCGACAACAGUGCCGAAUCUGCUGUAAACUUGCUCCCCCUUUUCAUUGGAGACUGGAUGAGGUGCCUUUAUGGAGAAGCAUACCCACCCUGUGAUCCUCAGAAUGUUACCAUGGAAGAAGAGGAACUUUGCCGCCUCAAGUUUUUGUCCAAAUAUGCGUGUCAUAUGAAGAAGUUUGACAGGUACAAAUUUGAAAUUUCGGUUGGUAUGCCUCUCAAUGGUAAAAAUGGUAACAGGACAAUUGAAGAAGAUGAUAUCACGAAAGAUAUUGUUCUGAAAGCAAGCAAUGAGUUCAAAACUGUACUGUUAAGCUUACGGCAGGGGAGUAUAAUAGAAUUUAGCACCAUCCUAGAGGGACGUCUGGGGAGCAAGUGGCCGGUUUUCGAGCUGAAAGCCAUCGGCUGCCUAAAUUGCAUGGCCAAGCUGACUCCUUCCGCCAGACAUGUCAAGAUAGAGUACGACUGGCGAAGCAGUGUCCACAUGGCCAUGAAAUUCGCUUUCGAUUUUUUCUUUUGCCCUUUCCUCUCUGCUGUGUGAAAAUAUAUCAUUAAUGCUCUGGCAACAUCCAUAUAUCCAAACCAAAGAGAGAGCACCCCUUGUAGCCUUGACUUCUGCACUUUGUCAUAUGCCUUAGGCUUUCAUUUAUCAAUCUACACUUGUUCAUUGGUUGAUAUAGAAAAUACCACUGUACUGAUUUGCACUUGUUUAAGAUGGCUCCUUUAAAAGUUCAGUUUACCAUCUUUCAUGUAUGGAUUUUAUUUUGUUUAGCCCACAUCUCACGUUUUUUAGGUUUGUAGAAGAGAUUAUUCACCUGCCCCCAAAAUAGAAAUAUUCUAUACUAUGUAAAAAACAGACAAACAAGAAUCCAAAAACUGUCAAGGUGCUAUUGAACUUGUAUUAUAUUAUUUGUCUCUAAUACUUUCUAAAACCUGGUGAUAUUCUGCUGUAAAUGGGAGAUGGCCUGUUCUGGCUCACAAACGCUUCCAAGAGGUUGUACAGAAUUCGAAGAGUUGAUCUGCUUUUUGUUUUUCCUAGGAGCAGUGUCAUUCUUGUUUAUGGGUUGUGUCUGGUAUUGCAGCAAAUUCCUUUUCAAGUCAACGACCCAUGAUUUACACCAUGAAACAAAAGUGAUGCUGUUUCUGGGUGGAAACUUUAUCCUGAACAACAACUUUAACCAUGAUCUGCUCUGUAACACAAUGCAAGGAUAUUUCUGCUUUAUUGGUGUCACUUUCAGUAGGCUUCCUUUUACAGCUCGUACUACACAGUAUUAUAAUAUUGGUUGGAUAAAUACUAUAGACACAUGUAUAUGAAAUAAAAGUAAACUUGUCAUUAUUUGCACAUUUGUACAUGAGAAAUGUCUUUAAGGCUGUAGUGUUAGUAAAUGGGGAAUUAUAGGUAUCUCAUAACUACUGGCUUCUUGUGUAUAUCUAUGUGUUGAUUCACAAUUUGGCAUACAUAUUAGAAUAAGCCCAAACCCGCUGACCAAAAAACGUGUAACAUGGCAAAAUUCGGGGGAGAGAAGGGUUGGGCAUGUAGUAUUUCAAUGUGCCUUAUGUCCUGGGGAAAAAAGCUGCCAUCAGAGGUGUCUGGCAGUGGUAUUCUCCCUUCUCCCCAUUCCCAAUACAUGGAAGGGGGUAGCUGAUGGUCAAACGAAUGUUCUUUUCGAAAGCAAUCUAAAAUAUAUGGCUAAAUUAUUUUAUUUUAUUUUUUUUUUUUUUAUAUAUUAGACCUCAAAGCCUACUAACAUUGUUAUUCUUCACGGCAAAAAAGUAUUGCAAAUAGUUUGUAAAAAAAAUAAAAUUAAAAGACCUUACCAUUUUGUCUAUACAUCUCCAAUGCAUACCUAUGUGUUUCUAUGGUUAUAGACUACAACCACUGUGUAUUCUGACCGUGCUGUCAUGUGUUACUCCACUCACUUGAGACGACUCUUCUAGUGACUGAUUGUUAGGUUAAAGGAUGGGCAUACGGAAAAUAUAAAACCUCAUGCCUGCGUGAUCACACUACAAAAAUGGUACAAUAUGGGGGAGAUUGGGAACUUUUCAUGUAUUCAGACCUGUUCCUUUCUCAAAAAAAAUGUACAUGUCCUAGUGACAUAUCCCAAGUUCAGACCCUGAUUGAUCAGGAGAACGGACAGGGAGAGAAUAGAGUAUCCUGAUCUGUGUCUAUGUGAGCAAGACCAUUUUAUAGACUUGCAUUAUGAGUCAGUCCAGCUCACAUAACACAGAGCCUGGAGAGAAUGUACUAAGCAGAUCAGCUUCUCUGUCAUUCAGGAGUCUGGGAAAGCUGAAUGACUGACAUACAGUAUACAAUGACAGCAACAUCAGGAGGACCAAUAUGGUGGCAUACUCUUCUGUGGCUGUAUAGUCCUUGUGCCCCAGUGUUCCCCCGAAUGCUCCGCUCCAACUCUCCGGCAACUUCCUUCCUCACGCUUCUUCUCCGAUCUGUGCGUGAGGAAGUGAAGCCACCACCUGCGUGCACCUCGAAAGGCGAUUCAAUUGGUCAGAGGCGGAAUUCGGAAAAUGUAAGUGAUGGCAGAGGAAGGGGUCUGCUGUGACUACUGUAGAUUAAUACUGUAGAACAGGCUGAUGUGAUUGUGCCAAAUUUAUAGUCGCCAUUGUGAUCUGGCAUUUGUCAAGGCCUGCUAUAAGUUAAUCAGACGUUAAACUACAGACCGCAAGGGGCAGUGAAGCCAGACGCCUGCUUGUCAAUUCAAUCUUAUCUACUUAUCUGUAAAGAUGUUAGUUAGAGAUGAGCGAAGUUACAGUAAUUCGAUUCGUCACAAACUUCUCGGCUCGGCAGGUGCUGACUUUAUCCUGCAUUAAUUAGUUCAGCUUUCAGGUGCUCCGCUGGGCUGGAUA